UUAGUAAACAAGUAUGACUUUUCACAACUUGAGUUUCCGGUUGAAUUACAAGAUAUUCCCAAGUUUGAAAAAUUAAAUAAUGUAAGUAUUUCUGUUUUCGGUCUUAAUACAUCCGAAGAGAAUGAGACAGCGGAGGGAGAGGAGAGAAACGCGGGAGAGUCAUCAGAGCCUCCGAAAAAACGCCUUAAACGUGAAAAUUAUAAAAUAUUUCCUCUUAAAGUAGCAAAAUUAGAGAAGCAGGAUCAUAUCGAUCUCCUCUUCAUAUCAGAUGGGGCAGGAAACUUCCAUUUUGCCUGGAUUUCCAACUUUGAGUCCUUAGUCAGACGUCAACUUACAUCUCACGAGGAAAAGGUUUUCAUCUGUAAAAAGUGUUUUUCGCACUACAGAGAGCUGGAGCGUUUAGAAUCUCAUAAAAUUUUAUGCGAUAAGAUAUCAUCUGAUUCUUUUAUUCCGAAAUGUCCUGAAAAUUCCUAUGUAGAAUUCAAAAAUUUUGAAAGGUCUAUAAAACAUAAUUAUGUUGUCUAUUGUGAUGCUGAGUGCAUUCUUGCUCCGCUGGAAAAAGAAGGGAAUCCGACUACUUUUGCAUAUCAAAAACAUGUACCUAUCGCUUUUUCACUGAUUUUAGUUACUGAAGAUCCUUUAUUUAAUACAAUCAAAAAUCAACCGCUCGUUCAUUACGGAAAAAAUGCUCACGAGGCUUUCAUGAAUAAAAUCAUAGAAUUGGGGUACUCAAUUUCCGACAAUCUUAACGAUAAAACAUCACCCAUCACAAUGACGAAAGAAGAGGAGGAGUAUUUUAGAAAUAAACAAGAAUGUGAGCAUUGUACAGUAACUUUCACCGAUAAAAACCCUAAAGUUCGGGAUCAUAGUCACCAGCGGUUCGAUAUGAACGAUCCUAACGUCAAAAAAACUAAUUUCAGGGCUGUUUUAUGUCAGAAAUGCAAUGUUAAGCAUUAUCAUGCCAAAAGCUUAAAAGUUGUCGUACAUAAUGGAUCUCGAUACGACUUUAAAGCGAUGAUCAUUGGUCUCAGAGGGAACGAACACGAAAUUUCAAUUUUACCGAGUACUGAGGAAACAUACAUUAGUUUUUCAAUUCAACUUAAAAAUGGGUAUAAAAUCACGUUCAUCGACUCGUAUCGAUUCCUUUCUUUUUCGCUGAGCAAGCUUGCCUCAACAAUGCCCGCCGAUGCUUUUAAAAUAACGAGUACUUUAUGCAAGACAGAGGAACAGUUGAAGAUUGUCAAACAGAAAGCAGUUUUUCCUUAUGAUUAUAUUUCGGAUGAAGAAAAACUCUCAAUUACCAGCCCUCCUCCCCCGGAGGCUUUUUACAAUAAAUUAACCGAUGAACACGUAAGCGAUUUUGAUUAUCAGAGAUUUUGUCAUGCUUGGAGAGCUUUUGAUGUGAAAGAUUUAAAGGCCUAUCUGCUCCUUUAUCUUAAAAUCGAUACGACCAUUCUGCUUGAUUGCGUUGAAUUAUUCAGACAAUUCUGCAUUGACAAUUUUCAACUGGAUCCUCUGAACUACGUAACAUUACCUAGUUUCGCACAUGACGCAUUCUUAAAAAUGACAGGUGCAAAAAUUAAAUUAUUCAGCGAUUAUGACAUGCAUUUAUUCAUAAAUGAGGGAAUUAGAGGAGGAAUCACUCAAUGUUCUUUAAAAUAUGCAAAGGCAAAUAAUCCGUACAUCCCUGAUUCCUACAAUCCAUCGGAACCAACUUCUUAUAUACAAUAUAUCGAUGCCAACGGAUUGUACUGCUAUAUAAUGGCAACGGCUUGUUUACCAUACGACAAGUACGAAUGGAUGGAUGAGGAGGAGCUGCUGUGGCUUAAAAAUAAUUUAAUGCAUGUAUCUGAUGACGGACCAGUCGGAUACAUCGUAUCUGCUGACGUCAGAGUUCCCGAGCAUCUUCACGAUACGCAUAAAUGGCUACCAUUUCUUCCUGAGAAAAAAAUCCCUCCUGUCCCGGGAAGUAAACAGACUAAAUUGCUUGCAUGUCUCAAUGACAAAAAAGGGUACAUCGUUCAUUACGUCACAUUGAAACAAGCUUUGAAAAACGGAUUAAUUUUAGAGAAACUUGGCAAGGGUAUUAAAUUUUUACAGAAACCGUACAUGAAAUCUUUCAUGGAAAAAUGUGGAGAAUUACGUAAAGCAGCAAAAGAUGAUCCGUUUAAAUCAGCAACGAUAAAAUUGAUAGCAA